AUGGGAUGGAAGCUGAAUCACAAGCGGUCGGUUUUCUGGGCUGUCACCUUGCUGGCGUAUGCAUGCCUUGACCAGUGGCAGCUGACGUUUGCUCACUGGAAGCGCUCAAUCGGCCCGAGAAACAUCCAGAAGGCCAAGGAGACCGCACGUCGGCAUCGGCAACGAAGUGUGUACUGCCGUGCUAUGCCAGAGCUGCAAUCUGUGGCGGAGUCUGCAUGGCAAGGAUACGAAAGCUUGCUGGAUUCGCAGGGUCUGGCCACUGAUGUUGCCACGGCUGCUGUGCUGAACUCUGCUUCUGACGUGGUGGCGCAGCUGUCAGAGAUGCAAAGAGAGGAUGGCCGUGUCAUUCGUGCAGAACGAGCUUUGCGAUAUGCAGCAUUUGGAUCAAUGGAUGGCUGCGCUGGUCACUACUGGUUCACUUUCCUAGAUACCACGCUGCCCAGAUCUGGCGACGACGUCGUGGACACUGUGGCCAAGGUCUUGGCAGACUCUGCUGUAUAUACACCAUGCUGGUGUGUGGUAUUUCUUUUCGUCAUGGCAGUGCUGGAAGGACGAGGUCCACGAACAGGUGUACUCGAGGUCCGCCGCGAUUUUUGGAGUCUUCUGAAGGGAAACUACGGUAUCACGUUGCCCUUCGUUGCAUUGAUUUAUGGACUGGCCCCGGUGAGGUAUCAAGUCGCUUGCUUCGCUGCACUCACGCUGGCAUACACGAUCGUUUUGAGCUUGUGGGCCAGCGCACGCGACCCCACAGAUGCGAUUCAAGCAGAAAGUGACGAGGCUUCUUUACUUUAUGAAGUUGGUGCAGCUAUCGGUCGUGCACUUCCCAACAAACUAAAGCGGAAAGAGCUCUUUGAAGCAUUCGAGGUGGCAUGCCUUGUACAGAGGCAGGCCCGACAAGAAUCAUAUGCAGCUGGUACGGUGGUAGAUCUUUGUGCUGGCUGUGGAUUGCUGGGCGUUUUCUUGGCCCUCAUGUGGCCGCGUGCCAGAGUCAUCGCAAUGGAUCGCAAGCAAUCGGUCUUAUCCCGGAUGCUUGCAGAAGGUGCCGUUAAGCAGUGGCCACUACUCAGAGAAAGAUUUGAAUGGAACGUUUGUGAUAUGCGACGGAGACCUGUGGAUAACUCUGCCGAACCCAUUUCUUUGCCUUCCGACUGCAUGGUUGUGGCAUGUCACGCGUGCGGCUUGCUGACGGAUGAGGCGAUGGCUGCUGCGUGCUCCGGGAGUUUGCGACCCAUGGUUCUGGUGCCCUGCAAGACAGCAAAUCAAGAUAUUGUGGAGUUCAACUUCUACGAUAGCUACAAGCUCGGCAAGAAGCUGGGGCAGGGAACUUUUGGACAAGUCCGAUUAGCAAAAGACAAGCUGAAUGGCAAGGAAUUGGCUGUGAAGAUUGUAGAUGUUCGGCACUACGACGACAAGACGGGGGUUUGUACUGGCCAAAUAAGCCGGACACGCAACAAGGCAACCAGAGACGAGGUUGUGUUUUGGAAGCGUGUUUGCGCUGCUGAGUGCGAACAUGUUGUAUUGCUUCAUCGGGCUUUUUCCGACAACUCCCUGUACUACAUGGUUUGCGAAAGAUGCAAGCGCUCCAUGUUGGACAUGACAGUUGAUGGACUGACAGAGCCAGAUUUAUCUGACAUAUUCAAGCAGAUGAUCAAAGGAGUUUUGCACACCCACAGAGCAGAAAUUGUCCAUCGAGAUGUUAAGCCUGACAACUUCUUGUGGGGUGGACCGGAGCAUCGUACUUUGAAGUUGUGCGAUUUUGGCCUUGCAGCAGCAAUGCCGCAGGUGGGAAAGCUCUUCGGAGUGUACGGCACGGCUCCGUACAUGGCUCCGGAGAUGUUGACCAAUGUCGGCUAUGACUACCUGGUUGAUAUUUGGUCGCUGGGUGCAGUUGCUUUUCUCCUGACAUACGGCCGGUUUCCGUACACACCAGUGGAGCAAACCUCCGCGUCAAUGAAAGAGGCAAUCAUCAAGGAUUCACCUCCUUUGCAUAUUGGAACUGAGAGAGUUUCCGAUGGAGCGCCAUGUUCGGAUUUGUUGCUAAGUUUCAUUCAGUCGACCUUGUCACGAGACCCUUCAGCCCGGCCGAGAGCGGAUCUUGCGCUCGAGCACGCUUUCUUUGAAAGCCAAUCAGAGGUUGCAGCGGACCACGACGAUCAGGAACAAGAAGGCGAAGAUGCUGAGGACGAGGAAGCAGUGUCCGCUCGACCUAUGACGCACAUCCGAUCACUGACGCACAAAAUGACUACCAGACCGAGCGCCACCGUUCAGAACGGAAUCGACGAGCUCCUCCAAAAGCUUUUCGUAAAACACGGUGGGGAAGCCGCUGGUUCCAACAUGUUCUUCUCCGAAGGAGACGAGGACACAGAACGCAAUCAGGCGGACGACAGCUCGCCGACGAUCUCGCAGGCCGACUGCAGAAUUCGCAAGAAGAAUUCGCGACGUAACGUGAAACACGUGACCCAUUCAGGAGUGUUGACCCCAUCAGCUGCAAUAGCUCGCUCCAGCACUGCUUCUUCAAAUUCAGGGGACGUCCCUGGUGAUGGUGCUGGCUAG